AUGGGAUAUGCGAUGGCGGCAAAUAUCCGGCGGAACAUGGCCCCGUCUGCAACCCUGUUCGUGUACGACGUGUACCGGCCGUCGUGUGAGCGCUUCGUGGCCGAGUUCGGCACGGCCAGAGACUGCAAGGUCAAGAUGGUCGAUUCGCCCAAGGAAGCAGCCUCGCACGCGCAGGUGAUUGUAUCGAUCAUUCCUACCGCCGCAAAUGUGAGAGAGGUAUAUCUGGACGAGACCAACGGGGUGCUCGCAGCCCCGCGGCUAGAGUCCCGCUUGAUCCUCGAGUGCAGCACUAUAGAUGCAGCCACAGCGCGGGAUGUGGGUGGCCGUCUCGCAGCAGAAGGCGCCGGCACCUAUGUCGACACGCCUGUUUCGGGAGGCGUGCCGGCCGCCGAAGCAGGCACGCUGUCGUUCCUCAUCGGACACGCAAAGCCCGAAAACCAAGAACAGGACCAGAACCAAGACCAGCACCAGCACCAGAACCAAAACCUCCAGCCAAGCCACACUCCUCCAGCACGACGGAUCGAAGCGACGGUGUCGAUGAUGGGGGCUCCAAACAAGAUCUUCUGGUGCGGCAAGCUUGGGGCCGGGCUGGCGUGCAAGAUCAGCAACAACUACAUCUCGUGCACGGUGCUGCUGGUGGUGGCCGAAGCCAUGGCCAUUGGCGUCAAGUCCGGCGUCGACCCCAAGUUGCUGUACGAAGUCAUCCACCAUUCCACGGGCCAGACGUUCAUGGGCGACCAUGUCAGCCCCGUGCCAGGGGUGGUGGCACACGCGCCCAGCAGCAACGGCUGGCGGCUGGGCUUCAAGACUCAGAUGAUGACCAAGGACAUCGGCCUCGGCAUCGAGGUAGCCAAGGAGCUCGGCAUCGAACCCAACAUGGCCAAUGCCGCGCUGGACGUGUGGAAGGCCGCCGCGCAGGAUUCGAGGUGUAUUGAUAGGGACGGGUCGUCCGUGUGGCUUCGCAUUGUCGAGGACCAUGAGUAG